GUGAGUACUGUAAGUCGGUCUUUGACUCUUAAAAUAACAGUACGAUCUAAAAAUCGAUUUCUUUUUACAAGAAUAGAAAGGCUUAGCGCAGCGGCGAGAGAGAGAGAGACCGAGAAACAUCCUGCUCCGAUGAUUUCUUCUUCCUCUUUUUGUUCAGAACGAUUCUUUGCAAUCAAGUGGUAAUUCAGCGAAUUCAGUUGGGGGUCAAGGGGAAUCAUGACGGAGGUAGGGCAGGAGACGGUGAAUUUCGCGGCUCUGGUGGGCCGGGCCGCGGAGGAAUCCUACGUCGCGCUCAAGGAAUUGGUGGAGAAAUCCAAGUCUUCGGAGUCGUUGUCAGACUCCGAGAAGAAGAUUAUGAUUCUGAAGUACAUUGUUAAGACGCAGCAGCGGAUGCUCCGUCUUGAUGUCCUCGCUAAGUGGUGCCAACAGGUUCCUUUGAUACAAUAUUGCCAACAACUUGCAUCAACUCUAUCCAGUCAUGAAACUUGUUUCACUCAAGCUGCAGAUUCCAUGUUUUUCAUGCAUGAGGGGCUACAACAAGCUCGUGCUCCUAUCUAUGAUGUUCCCUCGGCCAUUGAGGUUCUUCUUACUGGAACUUAUCAGCGUUUACCAAAAUGUGUAGAAGAUGUGGGCAUGUUGGGUACAUUGAAUGAGGACCAGCAAGGUCCGGCUUUAAAGAAACUAGAUACACUUGUUAGGUCCAAGUUGCUUGAGGUUUCACUGCCAAAAGAAUUUACUGAAAUCAAAGUCUCGGAUGGUGUUGUCUUGCUUCGUGUUGAUGGGGAAUUCAAAAUUCUAGUUACACUUGGUUAUCGAGGUCACUUAUCGAUGUGGAGAAUAUUGCAUUUGGAGUUGCUUGUUGGUGAGAGAAGUGGACUCGUGAAAGUAGAAGCAUCCCGGCGACAUGCUCUAGGAGAUGAUUUGGAACGUAGAAUGGCUGCGUCAGAAGCACCAUUCAUGACAUUGUAUUCUAUUCUACAUGAGCUCUGUGUUGCCCUUACUAUGGACACUGUUAUAAGACAAGUGCAAACACUUCGACAAGGCAGAUGGAAGGAUGCUAUUCGUUUUGAACUCAUAUCUGAUGGUACUGUUGGGCAGGGAGGGAGCGCUGCCUUCACCCAUGGUGCUCAAGAUGGAGAAACUGAUUCUGCUGGGUUACGGACUCCUGGAUUGAAAAUCAUAUACUGGUUAGAGCUUGAUAAAAGUAAUGCUUCAUCUGAAGCAGGGGCGUCCCCAUUCUUAAAAAUUGAACCAGGUCCUGAUAUGCAAAUAAAGUGUUUGCAUAGCACAUUUGUAAUUGAUCCUCAAACUGGCAAGGAGGCAGAAUUUAACCUUAACCGAAGUUGCAUCGACGUUGAGUUGCUACUGCUCAGAGCCAUCAGCUGUAAUAGAUAUACUCGCCUACUUGAGAUAUACAAGGAAGUGGAGAAGAAUGUAGAGAUCAAUAGAACUUCAGGAGACGUCCAAAUUAAAUUUCAUUUGGAUGGUUCUGAAACUGAAAAUGAAAAGAUGGAUAGUGCAUUUGAUUCGCAGAAGCAUGAUGAUGAGGAAGUUCUCCGUUUGCGUGCCUAUGGUUCUUCUUUUUUUGCUCUUGGAAUAAACAUAAGGAAUGGCCGUUUUCUUCUUCGCUCUUCAAAAAAUAUCAUAUCAUCGAAAACUCUGUUAGAGUGUGAAGAGGCACUGAACCAGGGAAGUAUUACGGCAGCCAAGGCUUUUAUCAACUUGAGGAGGAAUAGUAUUCUACAUUUAUUUGCAUGCAUUGGGAGAUUCUUGGGUCUUGAGGUAUUUGAGCAUGGUUUUACAGCAGCAAAAUUGCCUAAAACCCUAGCAGAAGACUCAAAUUCACUGUUCAUGGGAUUCCCCGAGUGUGGAAGUUCUUAUUUCUUGUUGAUGCAGCUUGAUAAGGAAUUUAAACCCUGUCCCAAGUUAAUUGAAGUUCAGUCUGAAUCCUCAGGGAAAGCUGAGCCAUUUGGUGACAUCAGCAAAGUUAUUCGAGUAAAAAACUUGGAUAUUAGCCGGAUGCACAUGUGUGAAGAUGAACUCAAUUUGAGCCUUCUUGACAGUAGGAAGAUGCUAUCAGUUCCCAAUGAGGUUAAUGGUAAUGAGACUUCUGAACAUGGUAUUCCUUCUAACUCAAGUUUGGAUGGCACAUCGCUUCGGUCUAAUAUUCCCAUUAGUUUUUCCUCUAUUGUCGAUGAAGUUUUUGAGCUUGAGAAAGGGUCAAAUGGACAGAGCUCCACAUCUGCUUUAACCUCUUCAUCCAAUUUUGGCUUGGGUACUAUGAAUAUUCACAGCAUAAAACCUUCAAUGUCAUCCCCUAACUGGGAAGGACAAACAUCGCAAAAUGCACUGAGCAAUUUUAAGAGCUCGAUGCAUUCUGGGUCUACCAAUUCACUAUCAACCAACUUGGUGAAAAGCCAAGCUGGCAAGAAAUUAACAGCUUCAAAAUCAGAUCAAGAUUUGGCUGCUCUCAGGUCGCCACAUUCUGGUGGCUUUGGUUCUUAUGGUAUAAUGGACGAUCAGCUUACGGUAUCUGGACUUCACUCAACUCGACCUUUGAUUCCAGCCCAGCGUCCUGGCGCCGCGAUCUCAGUAAUGAGUGCAAAGUCUAAUGAAUCUAAAGGUUUUCCUGCUGAGGCUGUGUCUGGUAGCUUUGCUGUCUCUGGAUCUAACCCAUGGGUUGCUUCUCCCACAGCUUCCACACUGGAUUCUGCUGUUUUCGUCAACUCAAAUCAAGAAAAUGUUACUAAACAAGAUGGCAGACCUCGAAAGCGCACUGUGUUGGAUAUGUUAAAAUCUCUUCCCUCACUCCAUUCUCUAGAAGUGAAUGAAUCUUCUAACAAGAGAAGGAAAAUCAAGGAAGUUCCACAAGCUCAACUUCCUACCACACAGUCACUUAUUUCUUGCGACCAUCCUAAUAAAACUGGAGGACACAGUUUUGCAAAUCUUGUAGCUGAAGCAAAUAAGGGCAAUGCAUCCCCAAGUAUUUAUGUCUCUGCUCUUCUUCACAUAGUAAGGCAUUGUUCACUGUGUAUAAAACAUGCCCGGUUGACCAGUCAGAUGGAGGCACUUGAUAUCCCCUAUGUUGAAGAGGUGGGUCUGAGAAGUGCAUCCUCAAACUUGUGGUUCCGCCUUCCUUUUUCUAGAGGUGAUACAUGGCAGUACAUAUGUUUGAGGCUGGGCAGACCUGGAAGCUUGUACUGGGAUGUCAAGAUUAUUGACCCACACUAUAAAGACUUGUGGGAGCUUCAGAAAGGGAGCAAUACUACACCAUGGGGUUCUGGUGUUCGAAUAGCUAAUACAUCUGAUGUGGAUUCUCAUAUUCGUUAUGAUUCAGAAGGUGUUGUACUGAGUUACAACUCUGUGGAGGCUGAUAGUAUUAAAAAGUUGGUGGCUGAUAUACAAAGACUAUCAAAUGCUCGGACUUUUGCUCUUGGAAUGCGAAAACUACUUGGUGCAAGGACUGAUGAGAAGAUAGAUGAUAGCAAUGCAAGCUUAGAUAGCAAAUCAUCUCCUGGAUCAAAAUUUGCAACAGAGGGUUCUGAAAAGUUCUCUGAACAGAUGAGAAGAGCUUUUAGAAUUGAGGCUGUUGGACUUACGAGUUUGUGGUUUAGUUUUGGCUCAGGAGUUCUUGCUCGCUUUGUUGUUGAGUGGGAAUCUGGUAAAGAGGGCUGCAGAAUGCAUGUUUCUCCUGACCAGCUGUGGCCUCAUACUAAGUUUCUUGAAGACUUCAUUAAUGGAGGUGAGGUUGCAUCUCUUUUGGAUUGCAUUCGAUUGACUGCUGGGCCAUUGCAUGCUCUUGCUGCCGCUACAAGGCCUGCACGAGCUGCUCCUGUUUCUGGACUCCCUGGCAUCACAGCUUCUAUUUCUUCCACUUUAAAGCAGACUGGAUAUGUGCCAUCUCAGGGUCUGCCUAGCAAUGUCAACACAAAUGCUAGUCAAGCUUCAUCUGGUCCUGGAGGUAAUCCUGGCAUAACCACACAAUCAGGCCCUAUCGGAACUCACAAUACAGCAGCUGUGUUGGCGGCAGCAGCAGCGGCGGCGGCGAGAGGUGGUCCUGGAAUUGUUCCCAGUUCAUUGUUGCCUAUUGAUGUUUCUGUGGUACUAAGAGGUCCAUAUUGGAUUAGGAUUAUAUAUCGCAAAAAUUUUGCAGUCGACAUGCGGUGUUUUGCUGGAGAUCAAGUCUGGCUGCAACCAGCUACCCCACCAAAAGUAGGUCAACCUAUCGGAGGAUCCCUUCCCUGCCCACAAUUUCGACCUUUUAUUAUGGAGCAUGUUGCUCAAGAAUUGAACGGCAUAGAUUCUAAUUUUCCAGCUGCUCAGCAAGCACUUGGAUUGCCUAAUCCAAAUAAUCCCAAUCCAGGUUCAGCUCCACAGCUGUCAGGUGCUUCAGGAAAUAGGGCCAACCUCUCAAGUGCUGUUGCAAUAUCUCGAGCAGGAAAUGCUCUAGCUGCUUUGAACCGCAUAGGAACUGCUCUUCCAGGAGCACCCAAUUUACCUGUGGGUAGCCCAUUACGUAGACCACCUGGUUCCGGGGUCCCUGCUCAUGUUAGGGGAGAACUGAAUACUGCUAUUAUCGGACUUGGCGAUGACGGUGGUUAUGGUGGAGGGUGGGUCCCUCUCGUGGCACUUAAAAAGGUCCUGAGAGGCAUUCUUAAGUAUCUUGGAGUACUGUGGCUAUUUGCACAAUUACCAGAUCUUCUAAAGGAGAUCCUCGGGUCAAUUUUGAAGGAUAACGAAGGUGCUUUAUUGAAUUUGGAUCAGGAGCAGCCAGCCCUACGCUUCUUUGUCGGAGGCUAUGUGUUUGCAGUUAGCGUUCACAGAGUUCAACUUCUUCUCCAAGUUCUCAGUGUGAAACGGUUUCAUCAUUCUCAACAACAGCAGCAAAACCCAGCUGCUGCCCAAGAGGAACUAACUCAGUCCGAAAUAGGAGAGAUAUGCGACUACUUCAGUCGGCGUGUUGCAUCAGAGCCAUACGACGCUUCUCGAGUUGCUUCGUUCAUUACUCUUCUGACCUUGCCGAUUUCAGUUCUGAGAGAAUUUUUGAAACUCAUUGCGUGGAAGAAAGGAUUAGGUCAAGGGCAAGGAGCUGAAGCCGCCCCCGCACAAAAAUCCCGUAUCGAGCUGUGCCUCGAGAAUCACAUGGGGUACAACAGGGAAGGGGUCUCUGAUAGUUCAUCAGCAUCCAAGAGCAAUAUCCACUACGAUCGAGCCCAUAACUCUGUUGAUUUUGCACUGACUGUGGUUCUCGAUCCUGCCCACAUACCCCAUCUGAAUGCUGCUGGCGGCGCUGCCUGGUUGCCUUACUGCGUCUCUGUCAGAUUAAGAUACUCAUUUGGCGAAAACCCCAUCGUCUCCUUCCUCGGAAUGGAGGGCAGCCACGGAGGGCGCGCUUGCUGGUUGCGCUGUGACGACUGGGACAAAUGCAAACAGAGAGUGAUGAGAAACGUGGAAGUGAAUGGAUCGUCAGGUGGCGAUAGUAAUCAGGGAAGGUUAAGAGUUGUCGCCGACAACGUACAGCGAACAUUACAUGCGUGCCUUCAAGGGCUACGAGACGGCAUCGGAAUGACGUGAUGGAUCGAUCGUCGACGAGUCGCUUUUGCAGGAAACUAGGAGUAGAAGAAGAGGUGACUAAAUUCAAAGUAUACUUUAAUGUUUGAUCUUACCUUGUACAUAAAGUUCCCCCCAACGACCACUCGUCAAAGGAGGCCCGCUCUAUCAUUUUGCCUCAUUAAAAGCAAGUUUUAGUGUCUUCUUGAUUGGUGUUUUAUGUGAUAGGUUUUGGGUUUUACUCAUAGAAAUUUCAGGUAAUUGUACUCGUACUGUCUUAUUAUGAUGGAAAACAAUUUUACAUUUAAGAUGUGAUUGUUUUUAAAUGA